UGGAGAGGGAAAAGCCAAUCUUAAUGUGAUGGGAGUGGGAAGUGGAGCAGGUGAGAUUGACCUUGAGAUGUUCUCUCAGCUGCAUCUGAAGCAUCCUGCAGUAACCAUGGACAACCAGGUGGUGGAACCCAGUGCCCAGCAGCUCCACCUCUAUAAGGUGUUGGUGUCCCAGAAACCAAACCUAGACUACAUUAAAUUCACUUGGAACAAGAUGACGGCUACUGAGUUUGAGAAGCACUGGAGAGAGAACCAUUUGACCAAGAAGAUGGACUUCAUUCACAUGAUACAGAUGUUGUAUUACGUGAAGGAUCCAGGUGCCACAGUCACAUUCUACCAGAGCCUCCUGGACAGGAAUGGAAAACUUCUUGUAAUUCUGGUGUCUGAUGAGAGUGGCUGGGGAAAGCUGUGGAGGACCUUCAGGACCCAGCUGUGUAACACAGAGAUCAUUCAGUGUGUGACUACAGGUGAUAUUAAAGCCUACCUGGACUCUAAGACAGUGAGUUACCAGAGCUACAAGCUGCCGUCUCAGAUGGACAUCACCGAGUGUUUCACUGAGGGGGACCAGAGAGGAGAACUGCUUCUGGACUUCCUGACUGAGAUAUUAGACUUCAGCUCCACUGCUCCUCCUGAGCUGAAGAGAGGAGUUCUAGACCUGCUGAAAACCCCAGACUGUAGCAAGGAGGUGGAUGGGAGGGUCAUCUUCAAUAACACCUUGGAGGUGCUGGUGGUUGACCCUCUACAGUAACACAUGAAUAGAUCUCAAAAUGCUGUAGCAACAAUGUGUAUCACUGAUAAACACUGAGUAUACAAAACAUUAGGAACAUUAAACUCUUUCCAUGACAUAGACUGACCAGGUGAAUCCAGGUGAAAGCUAUGGUCCCUUAUUGAUGUUACUUGUUAAAUCCAUUUCAAUCAGUGUAGAUUAAGGGGGAGAGACAAGUUAAAUAAGGAUUUUUAAGCCUUGAGGCAAUUGAGGCAAUGGAUUUUGACUUAAAUGUUAAAUGUAUUUUUGUGUGUGUCAUUCAGAGGGUGAAUAGGCUCGAUGAAAUAUUUAAGUGCUUUUGAAUGGGGUAUGGUAGUAGGUAACAGGUACACCGGUUCAUGUAAAGAACUACAAUGCUGAUGGGUUUUUCACGUGUUUCAAGAAUGGUCCACCACCCAAAGGACAUCCAGCCAACUGCGGGAAGCAUUGGAGUCAACCUGGGCCAGCAUCCUUGUGGAACGUUUUCGACACCUUGUAGAGUCUGUGCCCGAUGAAUUGAGGCUGUUCUGUGAGGUGCAACUAAUUAUUAGGAAGGUGUUCCUAAUGAUUGGUAUAUUCAGUGUAUGCAUGAAAGGCUUGUUGUGGUAUUCAUUUAAUUACCUGAUUCCCGUCUGCCCACCAAGAUCCCACACCUGGAACUUCAGGUUCUUGUACGUCACUGUCUCCAUGUUGAAGCCGAUCACUGUACAACACAAUGACAGAGAUGAAACACAUUAAACAUACGUCAAAGAAA